GGAAAGCUUUCCAAAUGAGCACUCCGAGAGCCAAUGGAACGAUUACGAUUGCUUUGAGGAGGAUGAUCACCAAGAAAGGCAAUACGAUCCUCUUGAUUUUGUUUUUCUUGUGGCGGUGGCGUGCUGGAAAUGAAAAACGGUCGUAUAAUGCUCGCCGCUGAAAAGCUGACGUAUAGGAUACACUACGAUGCAAAAAACCUUCUUGAACUUUUGGGG